UGAGUCUUUACAUUUGAAGUGGAAAGUUUUGAACUAAAAAUAAAGAAAUAGUGCAUGUGAUCAUGGGCAGACAGCCUUGUUGUGAUAAACUUGGUGUGAAGAAAGGACCAUGGACUGCUGAAGAAGAUAACAAACUCAUCAACUUCAUUCUUACCAAUGGCCAGUGCUGUUGGAGAGCUGUUCCGAAGCUUGCCGGACUCCGCCGCUGCGGCAAGAGCUGCCGUCUCCGUUGGACUAACUAUCUUCGUCCCGACUUGAAGAGAGGUCUUCUUACUGAAUCUGAAGAACAAUUGGUUAUUGAUCUUCAUUCUCGUCUUGGCAAUAGGUGGUCCAAGAUUGCAGCUAGAUUACCAGGAAGAACAGAUAAUGAAAUCAAGAAUCAUUGGAACACCCAUAUCAAGAAAAAGCUUCUCAAAAUGGGGAUUGAUCCUAUUACACAUCAACCUUUUCAUAAUCAACAACCCAAGACUGAACAAACUUCUCUUUCGCAAGAAACCCUCAACAACAAUAUUACCAACAAUCAAGAAAAUAAUGAUUCGGAAGAAAAUUCGAGCUCAUCGCCUCCUGAAAAUUGUUCUAGUACCGAUGAAUCAGUUUUGUUUAAUAGCCUGUGGAUGGAUGAACCUCCAUUGAUCGAUGCAUCGCUUAGCGAUAACAAUAGCAAUUCAGCUAUAUUGGAAAAUACUAGCAUGAAUUUUCCAUAUCCAUCAUGGGAAGAUAAUUGCAAUUGGUUAUUAGAUUGCCAAGAUUUUGGUAUUCACGAUUUUGGAUUUGAUUGCUUCGAUGAUGGCGGAUUCGAGCUGAUGAACGCGUUAGAGACGGAUGACAAGCGCUAGCUAGCUUGUAUAUGUUUUUUAUUAUUGUACAUAUGGUAAAUUCAGGAGUAGGCUACGUAUUCAUACUAAAAUUGUUGCUAUAUAUAACGAGAACAGUUUGAAAGUUUAUGUAUGAAUUAUAUGGUGUAAUUUGCAUUUUUUUUA